CCCUGAAGUGUAUGAUGAAGAGUCAAGAGGACCGUUAUCUGGACGUUGAUGGUCAUUCCACACCUGUGCUUGCGGAAGUGGCAAUGAUGCUUAGGUUGAUGAAUGCACCGCGAUGUCCAAACAUCAUCAGAUUACACGACUGGGUUGAGCUUGAGGACAACUUUGUUCUCAUUCUGGAGUACGCAGAGUCAUGCCAGACCUUGCUUCAGUACAUCAAAGAUACAGGGGACAUUGAAGAAAACCAAGCACGCCGGUUAAUGCGUCAGUUGAUCCGAGCCGUAAUGUUCUGCACCGAGCGUGGAGUUUUCCACGGUGAUAUACACACGGCGAACAUCCUGGUGACUCUACCCCGAUUAGAGCUCAAAUUGAUCGACUUCGGUUGUGCUCAGCCAAUUACCCACAAGCCUUUCAAUAAAAGUGACUAUCGAGGUGAGUUGGCAUUUAGUGAUAGUUUCUUUGUUCACCGUAUUGUCUUAUGAAAUGACUGAAUUCUGGAAAUGUCUCUCUUACAGGAGCUGGACACGGCAUGCCACCUGAGGCUUUGAGGGGUCGUGUAUUCCAUGCUAACCCGGCAUACGUCUGGACAAUAGGCAUCAUGCUGUAUGAAAUAAUGCAUGGACGACUGGCCUUUUGUAACAGACAGUCAUUAAUGUUUGGCUCCAUUCAGAUAAACCCCAGAUUAUCUACAGGUAAGCAGACACCUCUGAACAAUCCCAGCCUCAGUGA